AUGGACGGAUCCACUGCAAUCAAUGCGAGUUCUCGUAAAAAGGAAUCACCGAUUCACAUCUCAUUUUCUGCCGAGUGCUUCGGGACUCAGUCUGCGCUCAAUCAUCAGGGAUUGAAUCAUGUCAUCGAUCUUACAACGCCGUCUCCACCUUUGCUUCUCGAAACCUCCGAAUUCGAAUAUUCGCCAAUGUCCAAACCAUUUGAAGAUACUCGAACCACGAGCCCAACGCUGAACAAGUCAAAAGACACAGUAGCCAAGACCAGUCUCCCUCUUCCACAUGACUCUUCACGAGAUGUCGCGAACCCAGAUCAGUAUACAAAGAGAAGAGAGAAGUCCGAUCCAUUUUUCUCAGCAACACGGCGCUUUUUUUCAGACCCUGUAAAGCAAGCCCUGAACAAUAAGGCUGCUGGUGAGUAUAUAAAUCACCAGAUAUCAAAAAAGAAAUGCGAAUCUCAAUACUCCAGGGAUUGUUAUCAGAAUGAGAAGAAAUUGCAGCUCGUUGAUGCAAUAGAUGGUCAUCCCCAAACUUGUAGAAAAAUUGCAAGACGUUACACUGCGGCAUUCAAACACGACAUCAUAGCAGAGACUUUGAUGAGGCAUAAGAAACAGUUCGCGGCACUUGAUUUAAAUGAUCAGGCGAGAGUCAUAAAAUCUCAUGCAAAUAUUGCUCUACCUCAUAAGAAACCCAUAAGGAGUGAAUUCUGGGCGACCGUCAUGCAAGCUCCUGCAGAUAUCAGCAAACCAUCUAAGAAUCCUCCAAAAAGGAAAUCAGAGACAUCCCUACAAGAUUCUGCAAACCCAAUUCCUCCACAGACCCAUGCAAGGAAAGAUUUUUGGGCAAUAGUCAUGCAAACAUCGGAAGAUAAACCUUCUUCUGAAAAAGUUGCGAGAAAUAAGUCUUCGGGGCCAACUGUGCGAACUACAAGCUCUACUUCUCGAAAGGAGCGCCUAAGGGAGGAGCCCUUGCUAGCGGCGGUGCAGAAUUCUGCACUUUCUACUUCGCCGAGGAAACGUCCGCGGAGAGAUUUUUGGGCGGUUUGCUCGGAGUGA